AUGGGAUCAGUUGAUAGUAUCAAUGUUAAGGAGUUGCCUGAAGAAGAAUGUUGGUUGUUGUUUAGGCGAUUAGCAUUUUUCGGUAUGUCUCAAAAGGAGUGUCAAAAAUUUGAAAAGACUGGCAGACAAAUUUUAAGUAAGUGCAAGGGUUUGCCUGUUGCUGUAAAGACUAUAGGGAGUCUUUUACGCUUUAAGAAACAUAGGGAAGAGUGGCAAAGUAUCCUAGAUAGUGAAUUAUGGAAACUUGAAGAAUUAGAAAAGGAUAUUUUUCGACCAUUAUUAUUGAGUUAUAAUGAUUUGCCUUCUAUGAUAAAACGAUGUUUCGUAUAUUAUGCCAUCUUCCCUAAGGAUUAUAGAAUAGAUAAAGAUUAUUUGAUUAAAUUAUGGAUGGCACAUGGUUAUCUAAAAGAAUAUGAAAAUAAGGUGAUGGAGUUAGUUGGUCAAGAGUAUUUUGACUACUUAGUGUCACGCUCAUUCUUUCAACAGUUUGAAAAAGAUGAUGACAAUAAUAUCUAUGGAUGUAAAAUGCAUGAUUUAGUGCAUGACUUUGCCCAAUUCCUGAGUAAGAAUGAGUGUAUCUCGAUAGAAGUUGAUGGUCUUAAGGAUCCAAUCAUAAACUCUUCUUAUCAUGAGCAAGUUUGUCACGUGAUGGUAACAAUUCAUAGAAACGGUUCAUUUCCCGAUUCCAUUCUUAGUCUCAAAAGGAUUCGCAGUUUCCUAUAUAAUUUUGACGAUUCCUCGGGUCCAUUGGCUCCUAAUAUGUUACCAAAAUUAUUUGGUGAAUUGACAUGCUUAAAGGCAUUAAGUAUUGGUGGAAAUGAUAUUCACAACAUUCCGAAGGAGAUAGGAAAAUUGAUACAUUUGAGAUAUCUUGAUUUGAAAAAUCUAGAAAUGAGAAAACUUCCUGAAGAAUUAUGUGGACUAUAUAAUUUGCAAACUUUAGACAUUAGUAAUUGUAUAAAUCUGGAAGAAUUACCUCAAGGGAUUGGAAAAUUAAUAAACCUAAGGCAUAUAGAAAAUGAUAGGGUCUGGUCAUUAAGAUACAUGCCAAUAGGAAUUCAAAGAUUGACUAAUCUCCGAAACUUAACGUCAUUCGUUGUUGGUAAUGAUAAUAAAGCAUGCAACCUUAAAGGUUUGAAAUACCUUCUUAUUUUGCAUCUGGAUUUCAGAAAAGAUGAAGGAGAGAGGACAAAUGAGGAUGAUGAAACACUUCUUGAAAAAUUAAAACAACCUUUAAAUUUGGAGAAGUUAUGCCUAGAAAAUUACAAAGGCAACACUAUUUUGUUCCACCGGAUGAUGUCCUUAACCAAGCUCAAGGAAUUAAAGCUCUAUGAAUGCAAAAACUGUAAGCAUUUGCCUCCCUUGGGAAAAUUGUCAUCCCUUGAAUCGUUAUCAAUAUGGAGGAUGAAGAGUAUGAAAAGAGUGAGCAAUGAAUUUUUGGGAAUAGAAAGUGAUAGCACAUCUUCAUCAUUUAUUUUCUUUCCCAAAUUGAAAAAUCUCGGUUUCUAUAAUAUGGAUGAAUGGGAAGAAUGGAAUUAUAAGAUUAUAAGAAAGGGAGAAGAAGAUGAUGAUAUUACAAUUGAGUUUAGUGAUAUGGAAGAAUGGAAAGAGUGGGAUUAUGAGAUUACAAUAAUGCCAUCUCUGGUUUCCUUGCAAAUUGAAUGCUGCCCCAAAUUGAAGGCACUAUCAAACCACCUUGUUCAGAAUACAACAUUGAAAAAAGAUAUUUAUGAAUGUCCCCUGCUACGCUAUGAUUGA